GCAGCUAGCUGCAACUCCGACCCUCAUGUCACGACCCAUUGUCGUCAAUUCAUCGUACUCUGGCAGCCUCGUCGCGUGUCCGCAGUGAAUGAUUGAUUUCGGUACCCCUAUUCUCGCCGGUAUCCCCCACAGAAUACCUACGUAUCCCACGACAUACGUAUUCCACGACGACCGACAUUCCACAGGGACCCCCCAACAUGCUGUCCUUCAGUAAGGACAAAGACGGGGAGAAGGCGGCUAGUGCGCCGAACUACACCGAGGACUCGGACGUCCAGGAGGGCAUCGUGACCGGGAACAGCGACAACCUCCAACGGCACCUGAACAACCGCCAGAUCCAGCUCAUCGCCAUCGGAGGCUCCAUCGGGACGGCCCUCUUUGUGAGCAUCGGCACCGGUCUGUACAAUGGCGGGCCCGGCAGCUUGCUCCUCGCCUACUCGAUCCAGUCCAUCUUCCUUGCCAUGGUCAACAACUGCAUCGCCGAGAUGAGCACCGCGUACCCCGUCAGCGGCGGCUUCAUCCGCCUGGCCGGUAAAUGGGUAGACGAAGCGCUCGGCUUCAUGGUCGGCUGGAACUUCUUUUUCUAUGAAGCUUUGCUGAUUCCUUUUGAGAUCUCGGCCUUUACCCUGGUGUUGUCCUUUUGGAGCCCUACGGUGACUGAGCCUGGCCCAGUCGCUGGUAUCUGCGCGGCCAUCAUCAUCUGCUAUGCCGCCAUCAACAUUCUGGCUGUGAGAGCGUAUGGUGAAUCCGAAUUCUGGCUCUCGGGCGGAAAGGUCAUUUUGAUCUUCGCCUUGUUCUUGUUCACCUUCAUCACUAUGGUGGGCGGGAACCCUCAAAAUGAUGUCUACGGUUUCGUCAACUGGCAGAGACCCGGGGCCUUCAUGGAGUAUUUGAGCCAAGGCACCCUAGGUCGCUUCGAAGGCUUCUUGGGAGCCCUGUGGUCAGCAUGUUUCACCGUCGUGGGACCCGAGUAUAUCUCCAUGGUAUCGGCUGAAGCAAUGCGGCCCCGAGUCUACAUCAAGAGCGCCUUCAAGACGGUUUACUUUCGGUUCUGUCUUUUUUUCGUCGGCGGCGCGCUAGCUGUCGGCAUCUCUUGCUCUCCAAGGGAUCCGGCUCUAGCGGAUGUCGUACUCGGCAACACCUCCGGCGCCACUGCAUCGGCUUCACCCUAUGUGAUCGCCAUGGGGAACCUCGGCGUUUCCGUUUUCCCUCACAUUGUCAACGCUCUUCUGUUGACCUCCAUAUUUUCCGCCGGCAACACAUACACCUACUGCGCCAUUCGUACCCUCUAUUCGCUCGCGCUUGAGGGGAGAGCCCCGAGGUUCCUCACCUACACAAACAAGAAGGGUGUACCGAUUUAUUGCUUCUUCGUCGUCAUGAUCUUCCCGCUGCUGUCGUUCAUGCAGGUUUCGAGCAACUCGUCGGUCGUCAUCACUUGGUUUGCCAGUCUUAUCACAGGUGGAGGACUAAUCAACUACAUCGUCAUGACCACAACCUUCAUCUUCUACUACCGCGCCUGCAAGGCCCAGGGCAUCGACCGCCGACAGUUCUCCUACUUCGGCUGGUUCCAACCGUACUGCGCCUACCUCGGGCUCGCCUGGAUGCUCGCCGUGGCCCUCCUGUACGGGUACCCGUCCUUCAAGCCCUGGUCGGUCUCGACCUUCUUCUCGAGCUACACGAUGCAGCUCUUCAUCCCGCCGCUCUUUAUCUUCUGGAAGUUUUUCAAGGGAACCAAGUUCGUCAAGCCGCACGAAGCCGAUCUCGUCUGGGAGCGCCCGGUCAUCGACGCUUACGAGGCCACCUUUAUCGAUCCCCCGGCCGGCUUCUGGAAAGAAAUGGGCCAGAUGAUCGGCAUUGGGAGAACCAAGGGCGGGAACGAGAGGCGGGUUGGCCACAAUGGACAGGAUCUCGAUCGCUCUAAGCAAAGUGGCGAUGCGUCACAGCCGGUGAUGGGGGCCUGAGAACUGGUUGAGAAGACCGGGGCGAGUACUGAUGGCGGCCGAGUUCAUGGUAUCCGAGGAUGGGGGAAGCCUUGAUGUUGCUCGGUGGCGUGGCUGUUACAUGUACUUAUUUGGGAG